AGCACCGAACAUCCUUCUGCUGGUCUCUGUCUCCGUUAUCAUCGGUUCAGCGACGCAACCACCUGUAAGGGUUCCGCCAUGAACGCAGUUCUCUCAACCGUCCUCCUCGGUUUCGACUCUGCCGCCACCGCCGGCGUUAUCAUUGGUGAUGAUGGCGGCUACGGCGCUGGACACGGCACCGGCGACGGCACUGCCUACAGGGCCGGUUAUGGCACAGGCUCCGGUGCUGGCGACGUGGCCGGUUAUAGUGCCAGCUCUGGCCCAGGCUCUGGCUCCGGCUCUGGAUAUGGCUCUGGUUCUGGCUCCGGGUCUGGCUCCGGGUCUGGCUCCGGUUCUGGCUCCGGUUCUGGCUCCGGCUCCGGCUCUGGCUCCGGUUCUGGCUCCGGCUCUGGAUCUGGCUCCGGCUAG